CUAAACAUAUGGCAUGGAAAAACAAACAAUACGCCAAAAAGUAGGUUAAUUUAAAGGGAGGAAUGCUCAUCAUUCAUGGCUUUUAAUACCAGAGUUUUUAAAACAUGCAAACAAACUGGAACAAAACUGUCUCAGCUGAUAAAUAACUUAAACGAGAGGCAAACUUACCACCAGGGGUGGACUGGCCAUUGGGCUGGUGCAUCACUGGGCUGGUGCAAGCAGCCGAGGAAAAUAAUUAAAUAAAGUUGUGYAGUUGGAAGAAGAAGAAAAAAGAGCAAAAAUGGAGAACAAACAUAAGGGAGGAGCACAAACGUUGAGAGAAAAGAAAAGGCACACUCUACAAGUAAAUGCAGCCAAGUGUCCGAAACUGACAAAUUUAUUUUCUGCUGRUUYAUCAUCCUCAUCCUCAGUGGAACCUACAGCUUGGCCGGGAGGAGGAUGUUAGUCAGGUAGGUGGCUGUAUUAUUUUAUAGUUUGCUAACUUUUAAAGAGGCAAUAUUACGUGUUUCUCAGGCAUACAUUUAAAUACUAUACCAUAAUAAAGUAUCUAUGUCACCUUCUGUCCAAGAUGGGCAAAUAUAGCAUAGUCUAUGACAGAAAAACACUGCUAGAUAUUGGUAAGUGCUGUAUAAAUGUAUCUUUCAGCCUACCAGUUGCCGACUUCACGCUGGAUAUUCUCCGACUCAGAACAACGCAAGCUAAUGCGGAGCCGUAUCCGACCGGAAGACGCGGACGACGGGCAUGCRAACGUAAACAGAAGCGGGGUAAGCGAGCAGGUGUCUGAGGGCGGCUAGCGAAGCUAGCUAGGAUACCACUCCCCACGCUGCUGCUCGCUAAUGUCCGAUCGCUGGAUAAUAAAAUGGACGAACUAAGACUCAGGCUCAUUUCAGAUCGCCAAACAAGGAACUGCUGUGUUUUCAUUUUCACAGAAUCUUGGCUCCAUAACUGCAUACUGGACUCUGCUAUCAGGCUACAGGGGCUAACAGCGCACCGCCAUCACUCAAAACAAAGGGUGGAGGACUGUGUGUGUUUGUAAACGAUCGGUGGUGCACCAACUCAGCUGUUGUCGAGCGAUUCUGCUCCCCUGACUUGGAGUACAUGGUGGUGAGAUGCCGGCCCUUCUACCUCCCCCGGGAAUUCACCAUAAUCCAAAUAUGGGCUGUCUAUACUCCUCCACAUAGUGACGCUAAGCUGGCGCUAGCUACGCUAGCUAAUGCUAUUAUCCAACAACAGUCUCAUCACCCAGAGGCUGCGCUCAUUGUUGCAGUACUGACCUCAGAACAGUCUGCUCCAGGCUUCACCAGCACGUAUCAUACCCAACACGAAGAGAAAACACACUAGAUCACGUCUACACCAACAUCCAGAAGGUGUACAGCACCACCCCUCUGCCUCCAUUUGGUAAGAGUGACCACAUUUCACUCCUCAUGAAACACACAUAUGAACAGCUGCUACAGCGGGUUAAAGCGAGUGUGAGGACUGUACGUGUGUGGCCAGAAAGGGCUGAAUCAGCUCUGCAGGACUGCUUUGAGUGUACUGACUGGGAUGUGUUUAAAACAGCAGCCACCAGUGACCUGCUUGUUGAUGUAAAUGAACAUGCAUCAUCUGUCACUGGGUUCAUCAAGAAGUGUGUGGAUGAUGUGACUGAAAUAAAGCAAAUUCGCACACUCCCAAACCAAAAGCCGUGGAUGAACAGCGAAGUUCGUAGCCUGCUGAAGGCUCGAGAUGCUGCCUUUAGAUCUGGCAACAGUGAAGAACUUAAAGUUGCCAGACACAAUCUGAAGGUUGGCAUUAGAGCUGCUAAACACACCUACAGCACACAAACUGCAGCCUACUUCAACUCCAGCUCAGACCCCAGACGUAUGUGGCAAGGAAUCCAAACUGUCACUGACUAUAAAAGUAAAGCCAACAGCACCACAUGCACAGACUCCUCCCUCGCUGCUGAGCUGAACACCUUCUAUGCUCGCUUUGAGGACACUGCUCAGGCACAGCUGACCACCACUGYUCUGCCCUCCUCCA